AUGAUGAUGAUGAACUCUACUCAGGUUUCAUAUUUCUCACUAACUGCCUACUUUGACACCGGGCUGUUUAAAUAUCUCUACUUCAUUAUUAUCAUGUGUUUGUAUGUGUUGAUCAUUAGUGCCAAUGUGUUGCUCAUCGUGGUUAUCUGUAGUAACAGAAGCUUACAUGAACCUAUGCACCUUUUCCUGUGCAGCCUGUUUGUAAAUGAACUGUAUGGUAGUACAGGGUUGUUUCCAUUCCUUCUGGUUCAGAUCCUCUCUGACAUUCACACUGUUGCUGCUCCGCUCUGCUUCCUGCAGAUCUUCUGUCUGUACUCAUACGGCGGCGUUGAGUUUCUGACGUUAGCCGUCAUGUCUUACGACCGCUACCUGGCCAUCUGUUAUCCUCUGCAGUACAACACACGUAUGACUCAUACUAAGGUCACGGUUCUGACGGCUCUGAUCUGGUUCUACCCGUUAGUGGUGAACACGUACAUCGUAUCGGGUCUGACGGUUCCUCUUCGGCUGUGUGGGAACGUCAUCAACAAAGUCUACUGUGAUAACUACUACGUGGUUAAACUGGCCUGCUCCGACACCUCCGUCAACAACAUCUUUGGACUCGCUCACAUGUUCACCGUCAUCUUUGCUCUGAUCAUAUUGAUCCUGUUCUCCUACAUGAGGAUCCUCAGAGUGUGUUUCUCUGGUUCUAAACAGACCCGACAGAAAGCUGUCAGUACCUGCACACCUCACCUCGCCUCUCUGCUCAACUUCUCCUUCGGCUGCUUCUUUGAGAUCGUUCAGAGCCGGUUUAACAUCUCUAAUCUCCCCAACAUGUUCCGGGUGUUUCUGUCGUUAUACUGGCUGACCUGCCAGCCGCUCAUCAACCCUCUACUGUACGGCCUGAAGAUGUCCAAGAUACGCAUCAUAUGUAGGAGUCUGCUCUCCUAUUAA